AUGGACCGGCCUGAUCCAGUUCGACCUGACCUGACCUAUGACGGUGCGGCGUCGGCCGAGGUCAUGGAGGCGGCCUGGAGGCGGCCCGGGGAGCUGGUCACCAUCACGUUCGAGUUUGAUGGCGUCAGAGAGCUGGAGUCUGCUGCGUUCCACGUCAGCAAUCACUUCACCAGCGGGGUGAAGAUGUUCAGUCGGGCCAGCCUGUACUUCUCGGUGGACGGCAACGCGUACACCAGCUCCGCGUUGACCCUGGAGCCGCCGGCUGACCGCAUCUUCGAGGACGCGCGCCGCCUGGAGGUGCGGCUGUACCGCCAGGUGGGCCGCUAUGUGCGGCUCGAGCUGACUGCCGCCGACCAGUGGCUCCUCAUCUCAGAGAUAUCAUUCGACAGUGCUCCAUCGGCGCACAACGUGACGGACCUCCUGCCGCUGGCGCGCAACAUGAAGGAGCUCAGGAGGAGCGUGCAGCUGACGCCGCGGCACGGCCAUGCCCGGCCGCCGGCCGACCUCUACGGCCCGCUGGCCGGCGACGAGGACAAGAUCGACCUGGCCGCCGAGCACCACCGCGUGGUGCGGCUCAACUCCGAGUACAACACGCUGGCGCAGCGGCAGCACGGCCGGCCAGCAGACGCCAUGUACGACUACGCCGUGCCGGUGGACACGAGCCCGCCGUCGUGCUCGGACGGGCCGGCGGUGGGGCUGGGCGGCACGUCCCGCUCCUGGGACAACCCCAACUACCGGCAGUCGCCGCACAGCGGCGCCCAGUCCAGCAGCCAGCCGUCCGUAUGCAGCAUCAGUGAGCUACUGCCGUCGCCCCCGCCGCUGCCGCCGCCGCCGUUGCAGCCGACUUGUGCCAGCUUCGGGCGGCGCCGCCGGUUGCUGGCUGACGGCGUGCAGGGCGUGACGGGCACGUGUGUCUGGGACAGCAGCGGCGCCGGGCCGCCGGCCGGUCGUGCUGCCGUCACCGAGAUCAGCGACGAGCUCAUCCAGCUGAGAGACAGGAUCGGACAGGGACGGUAUGGAGAGAUCCGCGUGUGCGAGGUGCACCAACGCUCGUCGGCCGACAGUCCGUACCAGGCGCCCUCCCGGCUGGCCACGGCCCGCAGUCUGCGGCCGAGCCCCUCUGUCGGGUCACCGACCCACACGUGA